UAUAUUUUCGUGGUAGCAGGGAGACUCCUGGUAUCUUCCAGGUAGCGUUGCGAUCGCGUCGCCGUUGCCUUGGUGAGCAGGUCUUCAUUUGAAAUUAUUUGCCGCGACCGCAAAGCUACGUCUCGUCGAGGUACCGUUGCCGUCGUGUGACAACCCCCUUAGCUUUGACAACACGCGCCGCAACCGUCGGGUCGGGAGCGGGCGAUCGAUGGUGACAGCGUUUGCGCCGCCCCCAUCGCGAAAAAUGGCCUCCGACUCGGACACGCUCGAAUAUUACAUCAAGUUCCCAAAUCCGAACUUCAAUUACGGCCCGAAUGGCGACCACGAUUUCGUGUUCGUCGUCAACGAGGAGAAGAUCCCGGUCAUUUUGUUGUUCGGAUGGGCGGGCUGUCAGGACAAAUAUCUGGCCAAGUAUUCGAAGAUUUACGAGGACAAGGGUUUGAUCACCUUAAGGUACACGGCACCGGUUAAAUGCCUUUUUUGGAAACGUUACCAGAUGAUCAAGAUCGGAGAGAAGAUCGUCAAGCUUUUGAUAGACUUAAAUUUUGAAAAUCAUCCGAUAAUCGUGCACUGCUUCUCCAACGGGGGUGCUUUUAUGUAUCAAAACUUCUCCAUGGCUUUAGACAAGAGCCCCAAGCAAAUACAAGUGAAGGGUGUAAUUUUCGAUUCAGCACCAGGUAAGAAGCGCGUCAUGACAUUGUACAGGGCCAUUUCUUAUAUAAUUGGAGGCAACGCCAUUUACAACUUAUCCAUGUCCAUAUUCAUGACCAUGUUUAUAUCUGUGAUAUGGCUAUACGAAAUUUUAACGACGACCCUGUUCCAAAGGAAAAUCACGCAUACAAACCUCUACGAAAACCUCAAGAACGAAAAGAACGCAUGGCCGCAACAUUUCAUCUACUCCAAAGCGGACGAUUUGAUACCCCACACUGAUGUGGAGGACUUUCUAGAGCAUCGAAAAAAUAAAGGGGUUGACGUGACGUCGAUCUGUUACGAGUCCAGUUUGCACGUCAAACAUUUGGCAGAGCAUCGCGACAGUUACGUGAAUCAGGUCUGCAACUUCAUCAACAAAUGUCUGAACGGGAAGAACUGAGACCGUUCAACCGUCCGAAUUGGAGGAUUAUUGCCGUAGUGUUUAAGUACUUCUAUACAAAAAAAAAAACAGCACAAAAUUGUUAAGUUGUUUUUUUAUCAUAUAUAGUUUAUUUUUUUAUAUAUAUGUAUAGUUUAUAUGUGUUUUUAUUAAUGUUGUUUUUGGUUUAUUGGUUGUUUUUGUUGGUGCACAAUGAAUUGUACGAAUUUUCGGUGCUAGUUGCCUCAAAAAUAUAUAUUUCGAUGAGUUGUCA